UUUUCACUUCCCUCCUUUUCACCUUUCCCCUUCCCUCCUCGACUCUCUCUUCGUCUAUUUCAUUAUUACUAUUUCAACGUUUCAAUAUGACACCAGAACGCGUUGUCCUCCCUAAGAAUGUUGCUCCUGAGCACUAUAACAUUAAGUUGUGGCCCAACCUUACCACGUUCAUUUUCCAGGGCGAGGUUUCCAUCAAUGUGAAUGUUCAUGAACCAACAUCUGAAAUCAAGGUCAAUGCCAAGAAAUUAGCCAUCAAUAAGGUCAAUGUCAUUGUGGGUGAGGAGAACCAUAAGGCAAUAGAAAUCAAGUUAACAGAGAUCGAUCAAGUGGCAACUUUUACUUUUGCACAACCAAUUCCCAAAGGAAAGGCCGUUCUUCAAAUCGAGUUUGAAGGAGAGCACAAUGACCGGAUGAAUGGAUUCUAUAGAUCUCAGUAUAAAGAUGCUCAAGGCCAGACCAAGUAUAUGGUUGUUACUCAGUUUGAGGCUUGUGAUGCUCGUCAAGCAUUCCCCUGUUGGGAUGAACCUGCCGUCAAAGCAACCUUCUCAGUGGCGCUUGUGGUUCCUUGGGAGCUAGAGGCUCUUUCUAAUAUGCCCAUCAAGGAAAUGACAUCUGUAGAUCCAGCGGUCAAGACCGUGUAUUUUGAAAAGACACCUGUCAUGUCAACCUAUCUGGUGGCGUUCGCUGUUGGCGACUUUGAGUAUAUUGAGACAACGACUACCAAGCUUGAGAAGCCAAUUACAUGCCGUGUUUAUACACUCCCAGGACUGAAAGAGCAAGGUCGAUUUGCGCUUGAAAUUACGCCCAAGAUUUUGGAGUACUUUACUGAAAUUUUUGGUAGUGCCUACCCUCUCCCCAAGCUUGACCAUAUUGCCGUUCCCGAUUUUGAUGCCGGUGCAAUGGAGAACUGGGGGUUGAUCACGUAUCGUACUGUGGCUCUGCUUUAUGAUGAGAAGACUUCAGAUGCAGCUAAUAAGGAGCAGGUUGCAUACACGGUUGCUCACGAGAUUGCCCACCAAUGGUUUGGAAACCUAGUGACGAUGGAGUGGUGGGAGCAUCUUUGGUUAAAUGAAGGGUUUGCUACUUGGGUUGGCACCCUUGCAGUCGACCACUUAUUCCCCAGCUGGGAUACCUGGUCCAACUUUAUCGUGAAUGAGUACCAGCAGGGACUCAGCUUGGACUCUCUGCGUAGCUCACAUCCUAUUGAAGUCCCAGUUUCUGAUCCACACGAGAUCCAUCAGAUCUUUGACGCUAUAUCUUACUCCAAAGGUGCCGCCGUCAUUCGUAUGUUGAGUAACUGGUUGACAGUUGAUGUCUUUCUGGCUGGAAUCCGCCGAUAUCUCAAGAAGCAUGAGUACAAGAAUGCUUCAACGGAUGAUCUCUGGAACGCACUUUCUGAGGAGUCCAAGGUCGAUGUCAAAGAGUUUAUGAAUACCUGGACUCGCGUCAUUGGUAUCCCAAUCUUGAACGUUACUGAGGAUGAAGGCGUUGUCACUGUAGAACAGCAUCGCUUCUUGUCGACUAAUGACGUCACUGAAGAGGAAGACAAGACCAUUUGGUGGGUCCCUCUGGGUGUCCAUCCAAAACCCGCUUCCAUCACAGACCAUAACCAGACAUUGAAAACGCGCGAACUCAAAUUCGAGGUAUCCAAAGCCAAAGGUGGAGCCAACUUUUAUCUGAUUAACAAAAACUUUACAGGUGUUUUCCGUACCAACUACCCGGCGAAUGCUAUCCGCCAACUCGGUCAUGCUAUCCUGGAAGGUAAUCCAGCUCUGGGAGUGGCUGAGCGCGCAGGGCUUUUGGCUGAUCAGUCCAGUUUGGCUACAUCUGGACACAGCGGUGUGGAUCGUCUCUUUGAUUUGAUCCAAUAUUACAAGAAUGAGAGAUCCUUUGUUGUAUGGGACCUAUUGCUCAGCAAGCUCGAUCACAUUGCUCAAGUUUUCAGCAUCAAUGAACGUACGCACAAUGCGAUUAAGCAUUUUCAACGCAAGUUGGUCAAUGAUCUUGCUCAUGAGCUUGGCUGGGAAUUCCCUGAAGGUGAAGAUUACCUGACCAGCCGUCUACGCGGGGCCAUCAUCUCUAGCGCGGGACGAUCAGGUCAUGAGCCGACAGUGAAGGAGGCAUUACGCCGAUUCAAGUUGUUUAUGGAGGAUGGUGCGGAUCAAGACAAGGUCUUACAUCCAUCAACGCGUAGGACAACAUUUGAAAUUGCCAUUGCUCAUGGCGUGGUCAAGGAAUUUGACCAAGUUCUGCAAUACUUCAGAACCACACCCAAGCAAGAUCAACAGUCAUUGUGUUUGGCCGCACUGGGAACAGCUGUCCAUGGUAAAGAGCAGAUUGAACGAAUGUUUAAAUUUGCUUUAUCGGAGGAAGUGAGAGCACAGGAUUUCAUGUAUGUUCUUGCAGGAUUGUCAAUGAACAUCCAGGCACGCUUAUCAGCUUGGGAGUGGAUCAAGGGUAACUGGGCGACGCUGCAGGAGCGCUAUACAGGAAACAUGGGUAUGUUAGGCUUCUGUGUCAAGAUCCCUAUUAAUAAGAUGGCGGAUCCAUCGCUUUUGACGGAUUUGGAGGAAUUCUUCAAAGAUAAAGAUACCAGAGACUUUGAGCGAGAUCUAGAACAGGCCAAAGAGGGGCUUCGUAUCCGCAGUAAAUGGGUUGCAAGGGAUGGGGCUGCUCUCGAAUCUUGGCUUGUUGCUCAGGGCUACUGAUGAAAUAGGAAAUAAACAGACAGCGAUAUAGUAAAGCAAGAAAGAAUGACGAGCCGAAAAUAAAUAAGGAAAUAAACAGCAAAGAAUGAAGGGCUAGACAGGCU